CCAAUAAAUACGUUCAUUUCACUUUCUUUGCCGCUGUGGUUGUUGCUUCUUCUGUCGUUGUCUCAUCAAACGUUUGAUCCUCCCGCCGCUACAUAUUGUUGGUCCUCCUAUCGGCUUGCUCCAUGUUUCCUCGGACUCCAGGCGACUAUACCGGGCCAAACCCGUAUGGAUCAGGCGGUCCUCACCCGGAAGAAGGAAUGGAUAACUUCUAUGAGACUUAUCAAGCUCCAUGGCCCGGGGUAGAAGUUUCCCCCUAUGGAGGCGUCAACCACCCUUACAAUACCACGGCAGCUUUCCCAUCCAAUGCCAUCUUAACACCAAUCAGUCUUCCCGACAGCUCCUUUGCUCAUGCCCGACCUAGCCCGGUUCUCAGUCACCAUUCCCAAGAAUAUGCAUACUGCAUGGCUGAAUCUGUCCCCUCACAUGGACUGGGAAUUACCGCGCCCUUUCCAAGUGAUUUCCCGCGAACUGUAACCGCUGGUCUAGGCCCUGUUCCCGACCCAGACUAUGUCUUCAGUGGAGCCGCUCUGUCACCUCCGCCACACCCCGUUAAGCGGACUCGGCGAAGUCCUAAACCAGCGGUAGCAGGUCGCGAAGGACCAGUCACCAUACUGCCUCAUCCGGAAGGGCUUCAACGAUUAGAGCAGGAACGCCGGCGAGAGCAAGUUGAUCCUCAUUCACACCAACGACCUCGCGCCCCCGGCCGAGGGCGACGAGACCCACAAGCCGAAGAAGAGGACGCAUUUGUUGAACGGUUACGGGAACAGAACCUGGCAUGGAAGCACAUCCGGGAGAUGUUCCGGGAGAAGUUCAACAAGGACGCAUCGGAGGCCCGCCUACAGAUGCGGAUGCUGCGCAGGCGCAAAGACCGCUCGGCUCGGUGGGAAGAGAGCGAUGUGAAUCCGAUUGCUCAUAAGGGCUAGAGAAUAUUGGGAGAGGGAAAAGUAUAAUUUAAUAGCACAAAAGAUGCAAGAGCUAGGGGCAAAGAAACUU